CUGGUAUCGAAAGCUGUGUGGAGCUCACAGAGAGGUAGAGCGCAGGCUGCACGGUGACGCGAGGCAGAGACUGUACCUCACGGGCUUUUUUAUAUUCCGUAUGAGCACAACGCAUUGAUUUACAAAGAUGUGGACGGGUGUUGGGAAACUGCUGCUUUUACAUAUGAUACUCGCGGGCUUCCUGCUUGCGAACGGUACUCAGCCGGAGUGUGAAAGCGGUCAGUUUCAGUGCAGGAACGGCAGGUGUAUUCCGACUCCAUGGAGAUGUGAUGAUGACGACGACUGCUCGGACAACAGCGACGAAGAAAACUGCCCAAAAAAGACGUGUGCCACGACAGAUUUUGCUUGUAAGAACGGACAGUGCGUCCCAGCCCGCUGGAGAUGUGAUGGAGAACCUGAGUGUCCAGAUGGUUCAGACGAAGCAGAAUCCACCUGCUCCGGACGACAGACGUGUCCACCAGAGAAGUUUGACUGUGGUGGUUCGACAAGCAAGUGCGUAUCGAUGUCAUGGCGCUGUGAUGGUGAAAGGGACUGUGAAAAUGGAGCGGAUGAGGAGCAGUGUGCCGCAGAAAUGAAUGACAAAGACGCAAAGGCCUGCCCUGCGAAAGAGUUUAAGUGUCGUAACCAUAUGUGCGUGGCUCCCACAUUUGUCUGUGAUGGAGAUGACGACUGUGGUGAUGGAAGCGACGAGGAGAGUUGCACGCCGUCCACCAGCAGCACCUGCGGCCCACUCGAAUUCCGCUGCAACGACUCUGAGUGUAUCCCAGCACUGUGGAGCUGCGAUGGAGAUCCUGACUGCCGAGAUAAAUCUGACGAAUCUAUGGAGCGUUGUAGCCGCAGGACAGAACCACAAAAGCCACGUUGCCCUGCAGGGGAAUUCCAGUGCAGGAGCGGAGAAUGCAUUCACUUUAACUGGAAAUGUGACGGAGACGCAGACUGCAAGGACAAGUCGGAUGAGGCCAACUGUCCUCUUCUGACCUGCCGUCCAGAUGAAUUCCAGUGUGGCGACGGCUCCUGUAUUCACGGCACUAAACAGUGCAACAAAGUGCACGACUGUCCAGAUUUCAGUGAUGAGGCUGGAUGCAUUAAUAGAACCACAAAAUGUGAAGGUCCGAUGAAGUUCCUGUGUAAAAGCGGCGAGUGCAUCGAAAGCAGUAAAGUGUGCAACAAUAUCAAGGAUUGCAAGGACUGGUCCGAUGAGCCAAUGAAGGACUGUGGUCUGAAUGAAUGUGCCAGUAACAAUGGCGGCUGCUCUCACAUAUGUAAGGACCGGAAGAUCGGCUACGAGUGCGAAUGCCCCUCGGGUUACAAACUACUGGACAAGAAGACUUGUGGAGACAUAGACGAAUGUGAAAACCCUGAUGCCUGCAGUCAAAUAUGUAUCAACCUCAAAGGCGACUACAAAUGUGAAUGUUACGAGGGCUAUGAGAUGGACCCGGUUAGCAAGACCUGCAAAGCAGUUGGUAAGAGCCCUUACCUCAUGUUUACUAAUCGUCACGAGAUCCGCCGCAUUGACCUGGUAAAGAAGGACUACACCCAAGUAGUGCCGACCCUAAAAAAUGCUGUGGCCCUAGAUGUUGACGUUACCACUAACACAAUGUACUGGUGUGACCUCUAUCAUCGCAAGAUCUUCAGCGCAUUCAUCAACAAAGCAAGCGAUUCGUCUCAACAGAUCACACUGGUAGAUGCAGCGCUUCAUUCCCCAGAGGGAUUAGCAGUUGAUUGGGUCCAUAAAAACAUCUACUGGACCGACUCUGGACACAAGACUAUUUCUGUAGCUACUGGUGAUGGCAAGAAGAGGAAAGUGUUGAUUGACACGGAGCUCGGUGAACCACGUGCCAUCGCUCUUGACCCAAGACAAGGGUUCAUGUACUGGUCAGAUUGGGGAACGCAAGCUAAGAUCGAGAAAGCCGGAAUGAACGGGGUGGAUCGGCAGGUUCUGGUCUCAGAGAGGAUCGAAUGGCCCAAUGGGAUCGCUCUCGAUCUGUCUAGUAGAAGACUCUACUGGGUAGACUCCAAACUUCAUCUUAUCUCCAGUGUGGACCUGAAUGGAGACAACCGUAGGGUUUUGCUGGCCUCCAUGGAUCAUCUAGGCCAUCCCUUUGCUUUAACUCUGUUUGAGGACCGGGUAUACUGGACAGACUUGGAGGAUGAGGCUAUUUACAGUGCCAACCGGCUAACAGGAAAUGAUGUAGCUAUGCUGGCUCAGCAUCUUAACAACCCACUUGAUGUGGUUGUGUUCCACGAGCUCAGGCAACCUACAGCUCCAGACACCUGUAACAUUGGGAGUCUGCCCAAUGGCGGCUGUGAAUAUCUUUGCCUCAGAGCCCCUCAAAUCACAGACCAUUCACCCAAGUACACGUGUGCCUGCCCGGACACCAUGGAGCUCGGCAGGGAUAUGCGCCGCUGCGUGACAGUCAAACCUAAGACAACGACUGCUGCCAGUACAACAACAUCAACAACACCAGAAUUAUCCCCUACUACUACACCUAUCACAACUACUACACCUUCUACCACCAUUUCUACUAAAAGGGCCACUACUUCACCCACCAGUACAACUUUACAGACUACACCAACUACAGUAACAACUACAACCACUCAGGUUCCCAUGGCAACCAGCACCAACCCAAGGAAUACCACUUAUUAUAGCACACGUCAUCCCAACACCACACCCUCCACAGCCACAUCUACCACAGGGACCAGCACUACACCACCAUGGACACAGACAACAUCGAACCAGACAACGGCAAACUUCAGACAGACAUCAACAACCAUCGCUCAUGGCAACAGUGUGCAAGAGGCCAAUGGCAACCUCUCUCAUCGCGCUGGAACUGGAAGUGAUCACUUUUUCCUUGGUAGCAAUAUAACCGUUGCCGUUCUGGGCAUUGUCAUUCCCAUAGUUCCUAUCCUUGCCACAGUGGUCAUCGGUCUGCUGUGUACCGGAGGAUACCUGGUGUGGCGCAACUGGAGGAGAAGAAACACCAAGAGCAUGAACUUCGACAACCCUGUUUACCGCAAGACCACGGAGGACGACGACGACGAGAUCCACAUCGGACGCAGCGAGCAGAUUGGCCACGUCUACCCUGCUGUGAGUGGCAGUGCCAGACAGCCAUACCUAGCACUGCCACUGGGGGGCAGUAUCCCUGACCAGGCAGCUCAUUGGUACACAACGACACCUAUGCUAUCCAGUGCAAAGUGAACAAAGGGAGGCGAUCGAUUGGAUAGUGAUGAAAGGAGGGCGGGGCUAAGACUAAGCUCAUCAGACAUGGCUCGUCGUGCGAUUAGGAGAGAGAUUGGCCUUACACUGUCUUUUGUGUCAUACACACAAUGAAUCAAUCCAUUCACCACCUCCUUUACAUAUAUUUAAAUGUUUUAUUCACAUGUGUGUUUAAUAUUCGUUGCGUUUUGUGUAAAGCUUUAAAUGCUUUCCAUGUUUGAAACUUCGAAAUAGCGCUCACGCAUUAUUCCACGUUUUUUUUAAAUCAUAUUUUUAAUAUACUUUCUUUAGCAAUGAGCACCUUAUACGGCUGGACAAUCAUUUAGCGUAUCAUAUUAAUUUUUCUAGGUGUAUUAUUCAGGUGAAGUAAAGAUUUAUUCUUGCAUUUUAGUUACUGUAAGCCUAGGCUGAAGUGGUAAAGUUGUUUAGAGCAGUUGGGCAGAUGUUGAAUGUUAAAGCUGAGGUUCCUGUGCUACUGUAUAGUCGACAUGUCAAGCACAAGCAGAGAUAGAGACAUCAGCUGUGUAACAGAAGUGUGGUGGGUCGCCCCAGUGGCACAACAGGAUUCUCUCCAAUGGCACACACAUCACACUUUUCAGUGUGUGUCUGUGUAAGUGAGAAGCAUAUCGAAUGUUUCUCAAUCCCUCUCUUCAGGAAAAAAUACCUUAAACCAGUCUAAGCUGUUUUUUUGAUGGUCUGAAUGGGAUAGUUCACCCAAAAAUGAACAUUUUGCCAUAAUUUACUCACUCUCAAGUUGGUACAAACCUGUAUAAAUGUAUUUGUUCUGAUGAACACAAAGGAAGAUAUUCUGAGCAAUGUUUGUAAGGAAGCAGGAGCACAUUUGAUAAUAUUAUGGAAGUGCUAAAAACGGUGAUUGAAUGGUUUGUAACAACUUGAGAGUGAGUAAAAAAAGAACAGAAUAUUAAUUUUUGGGUAAACUAUUCCUUUUUAAUUUGUGUAGUUGACCGCCUGGCCGAUCAGGCUUAGGCUGGUUUAAGUAGUUUUUUAGCAGUGCUAUCUCUUCCUUUACUGGUUUUCUUUCUCUCUGUUUUGUUCUUAUACUCCUUUGUCCUUCAUAUGAAGAGCUCAGAUGCAAAAUGCCACCUUUGUAAAAAAAAAAAUGCAGUAAUGAUAUUGACAGAAUCUUCUGAGCACAUAUUAUACGUUCAUCAAAUACUUUUGCCUCAAAUCGGCUUAAUCCAGGCUUCGGGACAUUCAGAAUGUCCGAGACCGGGAUCUCUGCAGAACAAAAAGAGGCGUUUCUCAAUUUUAGGGUGUUUCCAAACUGAAAUAGGUGUUAAAAAAUAAUGAUGUAUGGCUUUUCAGGGCUUUUGUACUUUUUUGAUUUGGAUGGUUAAAACACCUAGCCUGACUACGUCAGACUUCGUACUUCCGCUAAAUUUCAUUACGCUUCUGUACUCAGUCUGAGAUACCUCCCAUUCAAACCGUUUUCCUCCGGCAUCGAGAUGGCCGACAAAUCAACGAACAGAGGGCGGGCUGAGAGCCGUGCGUAGACGCUAAGCGCCGAAUCAUGGUUGUAGUGUAGUUUGUAGUGGACAUGGAGACACAGAAAGCUAUUUGCUCUGUUGUGGAGAACCGGCACUUGCCAACUUAAACCCGAACAAGAAAAGUGUUUGUUAAACAUUUUGAAUGGAGAUUAUGUUGUUGCCUUACUCCCGACAAGUUUUUGGAAAAGUUUAAUUUAUCAACUUUACCGAUCGUCAGCGAGAAACUGUGUGCAGCACAGCUUGACGUGCACAACGAUCGAGAAAUCAUGGAAGGGAUUUAUAUUGUUCACAGUUAAUGGUGGAGGACGCGUGGGCAAGCAUUCUUUGGUGACAUUCCUGAUUAACCAGAAAAUAAGGUAGGAAGAUUUAAUUUACAUAUGGUUAUGGUUGUCUGGUGGAAGAGUUUGAGAGGAGAGAGGGGCGUUCCUCCCGUUAGACGUGAGUGGAAAGACACCGUAAGGAUAGUGUUAAACUAGCUCUGGCCCGAUUUACUUUACAUAAUCUGCAAAAGUCGUUCAUAGCCAUGUUAACUCUGGUAUUUCGCUCGAUGGGUUCGUUUUUACAUCAUACGUGUAUUUUACAGCAGAGAUUCGAUGCGGCUGAGCCGGCGCAUAACGCACAUCAUAUCUAAAUGUUAUGUGUGAUUGGCUUAUGUUUAGACCAAUGAUUUUAAACUUCAGACAAGCCCCUCCCACGAGAAGGAAAACGAUUUUCAAUUAUGCCCAGCCAGACUCUGUCUAUGAAGCGAAGCAAAAUAGCAGAGGAUGGUAUUACCAGGCUAUAAAACACCUAAUCCCAGUUUGAAAACGCCCCAAAAUUGGGAAACAUCCCUUUUUUGUUCCGCAGCUUUGAAAUUCCAGCUUUGUUGGCAAGAAUCUGUUAAAUGUCACAACCAUUUUUUCAGCAAAGUUCUUUAGGUGCAUGGGAUAUGGAUUAGAUAAAAAGCGGCACGCGUACAUCAAGCUGCAAGUUUUUUUUUCCUUUGUUAAAGGAGGUUUACUGAAUAUAAAGGAUGUUAACCGAAGCCUUUUACCAAUUCAGAAAGAACAGUGAAGAAUAACUGGAGACUUUUUUAGAAAUUGAGAUUUUUGCAUGUACUAUGCACUGCAGUAUAAGAAUGUUUGUAGAAUUGGGCAUGUCUGAAUUUAAUUAAUUGAAUUUAAUUCAAAAGCGUCAUCUACCCACAUAAUCUUUAGUAAAUUGAUUAAAAAAAUCUUAUUUUACAGAAAAUUUUGUGCUCCACAACUUAAUUAUUUUAUUUUAUUUGAUAAUGCAGUUUUGGACCCACCAGCGGGUUCGCGGAGUUUAACAAGGACAUUUGGCAAGACUUUUUUAAGAUGUAAAAUAAAUCUUUGGUGUCUCCAGAGAACGUAUGUGAAGUUUUAGCUCAAAAUAGCAUGUAGAUAAUUUAUUGUAGCGUGUUAAAAUUGCCGCUUUGUAGGUGUGAGCAAAAAUGUGCCGUUUUGGGUGUGUCCUUUAAAAUGGAUAUGCACUAAAUGGCAGUGUCGUGGUUGGGUAGUGCAGAUUAAGGGGCUGUAUAUCCCCUUCUGACAUCACAGGGGGAGCCUAAUUUCAAUGCCCUAUUUUUUCCCACGCUCGCAGAGAAUGCUUUACCAAAACUAAAUUCCUGGGUUGAUCUUUUUCACAUUUUCUAGCUUAAUACAAGCACUGUGGACCCAAUUAUAGCACUUAAACAUGAAAAAGUCAGAUUUUCAUGAUAUGUCCUCUUUAAGGGCUUCAAGGGUUUUGCAGCGAAAGACAGUCAAAUUGAAAUACUAAUGAAAUGACAUUUUUGAAAAUAAGGCAUUUCAAUUACUGACUAAUAGCAUUUUCAUUGCCAUUAAAGUGAACUUUGUGAACCUAUACAUAAGAGCCUGAUAAAAAUGCUCAUUUACAGCAUGUCAGACGCACUUAAGGUGUUUUGCAUCUGAACUCUGAAUUAUUAUUUUAUUUUUCUCUCUCCCCUCGUGUCUGUGUGUAAUUGUUUUUUAUUUGCUCUCUGCAGCGCGUGGCGCUCGGUCCGGACGAUGACGGACUACCCUGAGGGCGAUUUCCGCUUUCUCUCCUCCAUCCCAGAAACCCUCCAUCCUUUAGUUCUCGGUUUCUCCUUCCGUCAAUGCCCUUUGGUCUCCUGAGGAGAUCACACAAACACAGCGAGACACAGAGAGCCAAAAGGACACAAGAGCACUCGCUGGGCACAGCUGCCUGCUGCAAACUGGGUUUGUUUUCUCCAAAAGUCUCUUUUCAGCUCUUGAGCCCUCAAUCGAUCUAAUUUGGGCAAUAAUCAGUAGUUUUGAAAUUAAACUACUUAAACCCAUUCUUGCUGUCAGUAGCAGUAGUAAGCAUUGUUGCUUAAUGAUGACUAACCAUGUAGUUCAUCACUGUAGUGGCUAACCCUUAGUGGCUCCUCCCACUGUGUUUGUGUCAUAAUUCCUUUAGGCUAUGACCAUAACACACACAUUGUCAGAAAUAUGAUGCAAAAACUGCCACUGGGAUGGUCCAAACAUGUACCGUUUAGGUACAAGGUGUACUUUUUGAAAAGGUUCCACCCCGGUGACAGCUUUUAUACCAUUUUUCUGAGUGUGUAUUGAAUUUUGGGUAAUUCAUUCUGUCAGAAUGUAAAGAAAUAGGACGAAAAGGGGAUGGGGAGGAAUACAAAUAUGCACGCCACACACUCUACUAAAACCAAUCCCACUAUGCAUACAAAUGUAUUUUGCGUUAUAAUUUGAGGUUGUGCAUGCAAAUAAUACCCCAUAAAACACAGCUCACUAUUCGUAAUAUCGUUCGAUAUACUUCCAGUGCUAAGACUACUGUUCUUUCAUACCAAGUCUUCCA